ACGCAGUGACAAGUUGAGUCCACUCAAAGAUAGCCAGUCAUGUAGCUUCAGUUCGUACUCGGUCUUCAAACACAUUCAAUGGCGAAGCGAACGACGGCAUCGUGUCGUAAUUAUAUAAUAUAUAUUUUUUAUGGCUCACAUUACAACGUGUUUUGAGCGUUCGUGGUUUUUGACGCGCGUUCUUUUGGCAUACCAUUUUGGCAGAGCGCGCACCACUCUGAAUGUGACACCUUGGAUAGUUGACGGUUUGGGGAAAAUGCCUCAUCAAAGUUUGUCAUCGUUAAGAACUCAAACUUUACAAUUAAUAUAUUUAAGCUUUUGCAAAAUUAACUUGGAAUGAAUGAAGAAUGCAUAUCGUUUGGGAAAUAUUUUUGAUUUUUCAAGCAUAUUUCAUCUGUACAUCAGCACAGCUAAUUUCACCAAAGAUUCAUGACGGUUGGUGGGCGUACAAAGAUGCUGUCCAAGGGAGCUUUGUUCCGGUACCAUCCUUCUGGGGGCUAGUGAAUUCCGCCUGGAACCUGUGUGCCAUGGGAAAGAGGCAGUCGCCGGUCAACGUCGAGACCAGUCACAUGAUCUUUGACCCCUUCCUCACCCCUCUACGUCUCAACACAGGUGGACGCAGCAAGAUGGGAGGCACCAUGUACAACACGGGGCGCCACGUUUCGCUGCGGCCAGACAAGGCUCACCUGGUGAACAUCUCCGGUGGGCCUCUGGGUUACAGUCACCGGCUGGAGGAGAUCCGCCUGCACUUCGGUAGCGAGGACGGCCAGGGCUCGGAGCACCUGCUCAAUGGACAGUCCUUCCCUGCAGAGGUGCAACUUAUACACUACAACCAGGAACUCUAUGCCAACUACAGUGAGGCAGCCAAGAGCCCCAAUGGUGUAGCAAUUGUGUCCAUAUUCAUAAAGAUAUCCGAGUCUCCAAAUGUAUUCCUGAAUCGCAUGCUGAACAGAGACACCAUCACGAGAAUAACAUACAAACAUGACGCAUUCUUACUCAUGGGGCUCAACAUAGCAGAUCUAUAUCCAGACACUACACGUUUUAUAACAUACGAGGGCUCCAUGACUAUCCCGCCCUGCUUCGAGACAGCCACCUGGAUCCUCAUGAACAAACCUGUGUACGUCACACAGAUGCAGAUGCAUUCUCUGCGACUGCUAAGUCAGAAUGAGCCAUAUAAGAUAUUCCUCAGUAUGAGUGACAACACGCGGCCCGCCCAGCCUCUCCUACAGCGCUGUAUCCGCACCAACAUCAACUUCAGCAAGCAGGGCCGGGACUGCCCCAACAACCGUGCCCUGAGGCCCCAGUAUCGAGUAAACCAGUGGCUUCUGAAAUAGGAAAAAGAUGAACAUGCUGUACAAUACAACAAGAUAAAAACUAAAUAUGGGAUCCUGAUUCUCAAGACUUUAUUUGAAUGUGGAAAUACUACAUUAUCAGCAGAGAGGCUGUUUUUUGAAUAUGUUUGAGAUUGCAAAGUAAGACAAGGAAAGAUUGAAAAGUGUAACUUUUAAGGCUGCACAAAUGUAAUUAUUCUACAGAGCUUAUGGAAAUGGGCUGUAAGGAAAUUCAACAGGCUCCGCCAUUUACUGACCUCUGCAGUGGAGACAAUGAGGACCUCUUUUAUGACAUCAUCAUCAGAUUCACUUGAGUACCCAAAGAUCCCAAAGGACCAACACUUCUUGAAAUUAGCUAAAUGUAAUCACAAAUACAACCAUAAUGUGUUUUGAUACCAAUAGCAUUCCAUCAGAUCUAACAACAAGCUAAGAAUCUGAAUUUGAUGGGUGCUCUUCCGGUGAUGAAAGCUUCUACAUAACCAUGUCACAAGCAAAAGGUGUACUGAAUAAAUGUCACAAAUGCAGAAACAUUUCCUGACCAUGUGACCUAACCAGGAAAAAUUCUGGGCCCCAGUAAAAAACCAGGGCAAGAGAUUUUCCUGUUCAGGCCACAUAGUCAGGAAACACUCCUUGCCAUAGACUUGGGAGAUCCAGUAUUUUAUACUGUAUUUGCUAAACUUUUCUAGCCAUUUUGGGCCAUUUGCCUUUUCUGUUUAAUUGUUUACAAUUUCAUUCACUCUGUUUAUUUCAAUGAUAGCAGCCCAAUUGUUUCAGAGAAUUAUCUAAGAUAAAAUAACACUUUACAUAAGGCCUAUAUAGUAUAUGCUGUUUAAGAAUUGUAUAUUGUCUAGCACUGAAUAGAGCAUGGGACGUGA